AUGGACAAUUACAUAAUCUAUCUCAGUUUUGAUUUCAGAGGCUUCGUGCCCAGUUUUCAGCGGACUGAGGAUCAGCUGGCCGAGCCUUCAGCCAGGGUUGAGAAGAACAGAGAUGAGAGAGACAACCAGGCUGAUAGGACGCAGAGAUUUGGCAUCUCUUCUUAUGGCAGCACUGGGGGUGGUGGCUACGGCAGCACAGCUCCUGGCCUAUACGGACCAGUGAAGAUAGAUCUUGGCGGAGUUCUCAUAGGGUCCAUCCUGGGCUUCGGAGCAGUCAUCAUCCUGCCUAAGAUUAUUCAUGCCUUAUCUUACAGCUAUGGCGGUGGAUAUGGACGUAGUCUAGAAACGGACUUCGGCCAAGUAUCAGAAGUAUUCGGCAAGAUAGACGAUAUGCUGAGCAGAUACAACGUGGACUCCACGGCUUGUAUGCAACGGCUGGCCUGUUCGUAUGUGCAGCUGGCGAACGAGAACAUGGUGAACGGAAACGCUACUGACUUUGAUGUUCUUUUGUCUUCUGUGUCCAACAACACAUUGGUAAGCCGCAUGCUGGACGGCACGGCAGUCUUCGAAGCAGUAUCAGCAGGUCGGUCUCUUGACUCCGACUGCCACUCACUCUACCACAAAUGUAAGCUGGACAAGAAAACAGUUGUCAAAAUGCUCACUCAACUUGUGCCCUCGUAAGCACGAAAAUGAUAAACAAGGUUACCUCAAUUUUAGUACAUUUUUAAAAUAAAGAAUCAAAUUAAA